AUGCCGAAGACGAACGCACUGCCACUUCUGGGCGACUUCAUUUUGGCAGAAAUUUUCGUCACUGCUAUUGGAGUACUUUUUUCGGUGCUCAUUCUGAGUUUACACAAUCGUGCUUUGACACGUGGGUGGAACGUUCCACAGUGGGUCCGAUGGAUUCUCCAUUUCCCAAAAGUUCGACGUCGCAAGAGAUUGCGUCGAAUCCCCGUGGAAGCACCUGAAGAACCACCAGCGUAUGAGCUACACAAUUCGGUUGCAAAAACGCUAAUU